UAAAUUAUUAUAAAUAUUAAUAUGUCUACUCAAUUUUUUUCUAAAUUAAGUCAAAACUAUAUUGAAUUAUUGGAUGAUAGUGAAUAUUAUGACAUUACAAUUGAAGUUGGUAAAGAUCCUAAUGUGAAAAUAUUUCGUUCACACAAGAUUAUUUUGUGUUACCGUUCUCCGUGCUUACGACGUAGUUUGGCCUCUAGUAAAAACCAGAGUAAGGACAAUGUUUUAACUAACAUUAAGUUUCCGAAUAUAUCACCAGAGGUUUUCCAAAUUAUUUUAAGGUAUAUUUAUGGUGGUAUUCUCUCAUUGAGUGGACAAGAUGCUUCAGAAAUUUUUCAAAUUUUAUUGGCAGCAGAUGAACUAUUUCUUCAAGAAUUAAUUGAUUAUUUACAAAAAUAUUUGAUUGAAAAUAAAUCUAAAUGGAUGGAACAACAUUUUGAAUUUAUUCAUCGAACAAGUUUUCAAUACAAUUCUUUAUUAGAAAUUCAACAAUUCUGUACAGAUUUUAUGGCAAAAUCACCGGAGAAAGUGUUUAAAUCGCUUGAUUUCACUUCUCUUUCCGAUAAAUCCUUAGUUCAACUCAUUAAAAGAGAUGAUUUACAAAUGAAAGAAUCAGAGGUUUGGGAGCAUGUAUUAAAAUGGGGACUUACAAAAAAUCCCACACUCCUUCCGGAUCCUAAUGACUGGUCAGAUGAUGAUUUUAAAACAAUGGAAAAUACUUUACAACAUUGUUUACCUUGGAUUAGAUUUUUUAGUUUAUCAUCCAAAGAAUUUUUACAAAAAGUUCAUCCUUAUAAAAAGCUCUUAAGACGCCAAGUUUAUGAAAAUUUAUUAAAUUCUCACUUAGAUCCUGAUAUUAAACCAAUUGAUAAUAUUUUACUUCCUAGAAAUAUUAGAUUUGAUGGUAUUAUUGAUUCAAAAAUUAUUGAUUUGAAUAUGGCUUCGAUUAUUUCAAGAUGGAUCAAUAAAGUUGAUGUUAAUUGUAACUUUUCUUAUUUAAGAGAAUUAUAUUUACCAUACAAAUUUCAAUUAUUAUUAAGAGGAAGUCGAGAUGGAUUUACUCCUAAAAAAUUUCAUCAAUUAUGUGAUGGUAAACCUUAUACUGUUACUUUUAUCAAAGUAAAAGGAGCAGAAGAAAUUAUUGGUGGAUAUAACCCUCUAAAAUGGGAAUCUUCUGGUGGUUGGGUUGUAACUAAAGAUAGUUUUAUAUUUUCUUUUAAAAAUAAAGAUAUUAAAAGUGCAAUUAUUAGUAAUAUCGAAAAAACGAAUGAAGCACUUUAUUGUGGACCUAACAAUGGACCUGAUUUUGCCGAUAUUAUUUUAUAUACUCCUGAUGGAACCAAUGUUUAUACUAAAUUAGUCUGUAAAAAGCGUCAUCAUGAAAAAAGUAUAAGAGAUACUGAAGGUAAUUUUACUAUGGAUGACUAUGAAGUAUUUCAAAUCUUAAAGAGAUAAUUGUUGUAUUUUUAUGUUUAUAUUAUUUAUUAUUUUAGUAUUAUAAAUAAAAAGAAAUUGAAAUUACUAUAGAAUU